GUUGGGCAGCCUCUCUGAUAAGGAGGAUCUUUAUAAGUCAGACGAGAUGAGAAGUGACUCCACAGACCCUCAGACUUUUGACAGAAAUCUGCUCCUUCACCCGCUGGCUUUUUCCACUACUUCUGUAGAUCAAAAUGAAUCUAAAAGUUGUGAUCUUCAUCAUGUCUCUCUCACAAACUUUAGCAUAUCCUCUGCAGGAGGCAGCUUGGGUUGGCUCAGAUUAUAACCAGAUUCACGAAAAGAAAGACCUCUCAAAAGAUGUGCAUAGGAUUUACAAGAGCGCCAUUGACAGCAGUGGUCUUUACCACCAACAAGACGAUGACACCAAGAAUCCUGUGGCAGCAGAGAUGCAACGCAAACUCUUCAUGGAGUCAGAGCGCCUGCGUGUGCGUCUGAGCCAGGAGCUGGCUGAACUGUGGGAGAGGCUGUCCCCAUCUCCGGCCAAUCUCAGCGCCACAUUGGCCAGUAUGAAGGAGCGCCUGACACCCCUCACACAGCAGCUCCAGACUUCCCUCAGCAGCAACACUCAGGAUCUGUGCAGCCAGCUGAGUGUCUUCCUGCAGAGCCUGGAGGCAGCCGAGGGUCAGACAGAGGCAGGUUCAGCUCUCUAUCAAGAAGCUUUUCACUGGAUUCGUCAAACUCUGGACCACAGCAGCCUCCAGACGGCCAACAUCAUCGCUGACUUUCACACCAUGGCCAUAAACAAAGCCAAAAACCUGAAACGGGCUGGAACCUUUGAGGAUGAGGAUGAGGAGGAAAAUAACUCAAAGAUCUGGCAGGCAGUGAGCACCAAGUUGGGACAAGAAGUGAGUUCACUGAAAGAGGAGGCGCAGGCCCGGGUGGGGGCUCUGAAAGCACAGUUUGCAGCUCUGCUAGAAUCCACUCAGCCCCUCAAGGCUGAAGUGGCAGGCAGCGUGGAACAGUUCUGCCAAAACGCAGCGCUGCAGAGCCAAGUGCUCCAGGCCCGGAUGGAGAGGCUGUUUAUCGGGGUGGAAGAGGAAGUCCUGGGGGCCUCCCCUCAAUAUCAGCCUCCAUCUAUGUCCACACAAGCUGGCUCUUUGCAGGAGGACUUCUCAAUUAGACUUUCUGCUCUGAUUCAGGACAUUAUGCACUCUGUGCAGUGAUCUAAACAUGCACUUCCCUCUUACUUUAACCACUGAACAUAUCUCCUAGCUUGUUUGUUCCAUAGUGAAACACCCUGGUUGUAAAUAUUUCUGGAUGAAUGAGUUGAGAGGAUUUAUUAUUUUCCAUAUUUUGUGUGAAUUAGUGAGAAACCAAUGUAAAAAGAGUUACUUUGGAAGUAAAAGGUGUUCAUAUGAAUGCAAAAACAGUAGAAAUGUAUUUAAUUUUAACUUUUGUAUAUUUUUGGGCCAGUUUAGAGUGUGAAAACCAACUGUUGGUAAUAUAUGUAUUAGAGAAAAGACACUCCAUGUUUGAUUUUGCCCAGUGUAAAAAACAAACAUCUGUGUACAAAAUUGCAGAAAAUACAAGUAACAGAUUACUUUAUGCUAUUACA